CAUCUCCACCAAAUUCUCCUCCUGGCUCUCCGCCUUCAACACCGGUGACGAAGCCACCAUCCUCGAUUUCUACAGCACCAGCUUCCCCGAGCACAACGCCACCCAGGAAGACGACAUGAGCUUGGCCAAAGGGAUCCUCUCUCCUACCCAACUUGCCCGAAUGGCGAACUGGACCGGCGGCUUCGAGCUCGUGGAUCUCGAGUCCAGCCCAGACGAUGAUACGGCAAUUACUGUCCUGCUGCAGGACAAGACCGAUCACGAAGCUUGACUUGUUCCCGGUUCCGACGCCGCUGAAGAUGAUUCCGCUGGACGACCCGAAGAGAGAACGGUACGAGAAAGGCUUGCAGCCCUUGACGCCGGAACUCAGGACGAAGCUCAUCCAGAACAUCGUGAAGGUGUUGCGGGAACAACACAUCAACGCCGAAGAAGGGAAAGCGAAGAUCGCCAUCCUGGAACGCAAUCUCAGAGACGGCAACUACGAUACCUUCGUAGACAGCAAUGCAUUCCACAUGCGUUUAACCGCCGAUAUCAGAAAUACCAGCAGCGAGGGUGCCGAUGGUGUUUACAUCAAUUUCGGCGAGCCAGAUCUGUUUCGUGAUAACGAAGAAGAGGGGGCCGAGGAGGAUUUUUCCCCCGAUAAAGAUGAGUAUUUUGAGGCAACCGGGUAUGGGUUUGGCAAUGUCUCGUUCGACACCGCUGCGUUACCAGGCAAGACUAUCGCCACACUGCCCAUCGCCCAGCUCUUCGGGCUCGAAGAGCGCGGUGUCCGCGACGCUGCGAGGGCGAAAAUGAACAGCGUGGCAGAAGCUGACGUCUUGAUCCUCGAUUUGCGGAACUGCUUUGGGCUCUUCGCCGAUACUGCCGCUUUUAUACUUUCCUAUAUAUUCGAUGAGCAACGUCCCUUAACAAAGUCAGUCGAUCGCGACGGUAAGACGCAGAACUUCACGGAGACGGUGAAGGUUGAGGAGAUGAGGGCAAUUGGGUGCACGAUUUUUGGGGGCAGGAAACCGGUUUAUGUGUUGACGAACAAUCGGACGAUGCUGCAUGCUGAAAUGAUUGCUUAUUCUGUGCAGAAGUAUGGGAGGGGAGUGGUGGUUGGGGAACAGGAAUCCACCAUGGGAUGGGCGCGUCCGAUGGAGGUUGGUGCAUGUGGCUACGGGGUGGAAUUGGCAGGAUGUGGGCGUGAGGAGUGAUGUUGUGGUUGAGGAGACGGUGGUGGACGAGCAUUGUCGGCAUAAGGCUAGGCUAGCUGCCAUUGAGUUUGAGAGGAACAAGGGGAUUGAGAGGCAGGAUGAGUUGUAGGUUUGAAAGUAGGGCUGACCUGGGAUAUUUACGAUUUGUCGUGAUUUCUUACGGAGUCUGGGAUUGAUUUGAGUUGGAAGAGAGAAUUCACAAAUGGGGUUUAACGGCUGCUAUGAAGUACCAAUCUCAACUCGAUUUGAAGGGUACGGAUUAUUUGUUGUUCUGAGUUGAGGCCAGAUACUUGUAAAACGUACGAAGUACAAGUGAAACGUCAGGCUUCAUUGACGUCACGACUUUUUUUUUCCCACAAAUAUUUCAGCCUCCCAAAUUCCUAAGGUUAAUUUUCGUCCGAAC